AUUCAAUGUGUUUCAUCUAGAAAUACAUGUUCAUGUUAAGAAUUUGUCUUUCGCAAUGCUCACAUUACUUUUAAUAUGGUAGUCUUAUUUGUUAAUAUACCGUUCACUAUUACUUAAUCCAACUGCUCUUAUUCGAUAAUCACUUAACCUUUUUGUAAACCUAUACAUUUCAAAACAUAUACAGAUUUGGAUAACUACAGAAUUCCAAUGUAUGUUUGUAAAAUAUAAACAAAAAAGUAUGAUAUACACUGAGUGUACAAAACAUUAAGGACACCUGCUCUUUCCAUGAUCUUGACUCACCAGGUGAAUCCAAGUGAAAGCUAUGAUCCCUUAUUGAUGUCACUUCUUAAAUUCACGUUGUGUGUAGCUGGUAGGGGAGGAGAUGGGUUAAAGAAGGAUUUUUAAGCCUUGGGACAAUUGAGAUUCUGUAUGUGUGCCAUUCAGAGGGUGAAUUGGCAAGACAAAAUGAUUCAUUGUCUUUUUAAACGGGGCAUGGUAGUAGGUGCCAGGCACCGGUUUGUGUCAAGAACUGCAAUGCUUCUGGGUUUUUCACGCUCAACAGUUUCCCAUGUGUAUCAACAAUGGUCUGAGGACAGACGCUAUGCGCUUCAGCACUGGGCGGUCCCGUUUUGUGAGCUUGUGUGGCCUACUACUUUGCAGCUGAGCCGAUGUUGCUCAUACACGUUUCCACUUCACAAUGACAGCAUUUACAGUUGCCCAGGGAAGAAAUUUGACGAACUGACUUGUUGGAGAGGUAGCAUCCUACGAUGGUGUCACGGAGCUCUUCAAGACGGGGAGAUUUGGCUGUCAACGGAUUAACCCGCCCAAAACUACAACUCCCAAACCAAGGCAACAUUUUACCCAGCAUUCAACGGGUUUGUGAAUGGGAUAAUGCUGCAAGAUGGCGACAAUUGCAACUGCUACAAACUUACCAUCUUUUGAUUGUCCAACAUGGGCAGGCAAGCCCCCUCCAGGACUCCAUUUGGACGUGAUGAAAGGUGACAAGAUGGUCGAGAAACUGAUCAUUGACGAGAAAAAGUACUACUUAUUCGGGAGGAACCCGGACAUGUGUGACUUCACUAUCGACCACCAGUCAUGUUCACGCGUGCAUGCUGCCCUGGUCUACCACAAGCACCUGAAGAGGGUGUUCCUUAUUGAUAACAACAGCACGCAUGGUACCUUCCUGGGACACAUCCGCCUGGAACCCAAUAAGCCUCAGCAGGUCCCCAUAGACUCCACCAUGUCGUUUGGGGCGUCCACGCGAGCCUACACCAUCCGGGAGAAACCUCAGAGCCAGCAAGGAACCAAUGCCGCCACAGGGGACAGCAAGCCCGGAGAGGACGAGGAGGGGUCUAAGGGCCUCUUAGGAUUACCAGAGGAGGAGACCGAGUUAGAGAACCUGACAGAGUUCAACACGGCCCACAACAAGCGCAUCUCCACCCUGACCAUCGAGGAGGGCAACCUAGAGAUCCAGAGACCCAAGAGGAAGAGGCGGAACUCCAGAGUCACCUUCAACGAGGACGAUGAGGUCAUCAACCCGGAGGACAUUGAUCCCUCAGUGGGGCGCUUCAGGAACAUGGUGCAGACUGCUGUCGUCCCUAUAAAGAAACAGAAAUUGGAGAGGCACGGCUCACUUAGUAUGGACAACGUUGUGACGAGGCGCAUCCACAACUACACCUUCGGCGGCGGCCUUUACGGGGACCUGCCACCCACCAGCCACGAGGGCCACCACGCCGGGGCCCCGAGCGGAGCCACUAUCCUGGGGGGUCUCCCACUGCCCUUCCCCAACCCGGCCCCAGAGGUGAACCUGGCCCCGGACGCCCCCCAGCCACCUGUCACCCUCAACCCUGUCCCCGUUACAGGUCCCUAUCCCUCCGAGGUCCUCAACGAGCCCCGCAAGAAAAAGUACGCUAAAGAGGCAUGGCCAGGCAAGAAGCCCACCCCCUCCCUACUAAUCUAACCCUCUCCCUACACUACGGGUCUUUCUCGAUUCGUCUUUCCUCUGUUCUUUACCUCCUCUCUCAUGCAUUGUAGAAGAUCCAAGGUCUCUCCUCUUGGACCUUCUCCAAUGUAUUUUGAGGCGAGGAGAGAGGACAUGAGAAAUCCAGGAAAGCCGAAUUGGGAAAGAGCCUAUGUGGUGGAGGCAGGGCUGACUCUCAGGGUAUGGGCGGAGACAUCAGGGACCAUGACCCGUUGGAGGCGGAUCGAUUGUUCUUAAGACUGUUUUGUCAAUGUUUUCUAUGUUGCUUCCUCGUUCUCCUAAACGUUAUCCGAAAGUCUUCAGUAGUACAUUCCAUGAAGACAGGAACACCACUCCUUCGGGAGAUGAAUGUUUGAUGUGUUAUACAAGUGAAGUCAUGUAAAAAAGGCAGUACUUGGCAGACCAAGUCAGUUGGUCAGAUAAGAGUAACUUGUGGCAUAAAUCAGUGUACCAUGGCCUCUAAUUGAUAGUCAGGCAUCGUGCAGGGAAACAAACACGAAGCGAAUGUAACUUAGGAAAACAGCCCUUAUGUUGGAAACAAACAUCAUUAUGUUCUCAUCCAGAUUCACAUGGAUUUAUAUUCCAUGCUCCAGCACCCAAUAUUACAGCAGGUUUUUAAAGGACCUGCUCCGAGUUGCCAUUUUUGCUAUGGGAAAAACAUUGCGAUACUGGUGUCACAGCCUAAUCGUUUAUAUGGUUGGUCACUGUGAGUUCCAUAUUACGAUCUCCACUUCCUUCUAUAAGGUCUUGAUAUUUGUUUGAAGUCAAUCUUUGGACAUAGUAUUUUUGCUCACUGUAAACAUGCGUAUACAGUGCAUUCGGAAAGUAUUCAGACCCCUUGAUUUUUUCCCCACAUUUUGUUACUUUACAGCCUUAUUCUAAAAUAGAUGCGAAAAACAACAAUUUCAUCCAUCUGCACACAAUACUCCAUGUCGAACAGUGUUUUAGACAUUUUAGCAAGUUAUUAAAAAUAGAAUGCUGAAAUAUCACAUUUACAUAAUCGCAGCGAUUACAGCCUCGAGUCUUCUUGGGUAUGGCGUUACAAGCUCGGCAGACCUUUAUUUAGGGAGUUUCUCCCAUUCUUCUCUGCAGAUCCUCUUAAGCUCUGUCAGGUUGGAUGGGGACUGUUGCUACACAGCUAUUUUCAGGUCUCUCCAGAGAUGUUCAAGUCCGGGCUCUGGCGGGGCCACUCAAGGACAUUGAGACUUGUCCCGAAGCCACUCCUGCGUUGUCUUGGCUGUGUGCUUAGGGUCGUUGUUCUUUUGGAAGGUAAACCUUCACCCCAGACUGAGGUCCUGAGCGCUCUGGAGCAGGUCCUGAGCGCUCUGGAGCAGGUUUUCAUUAAGGAUCUCUCUGUACUUUGCUCUGUUCAUCUUUCCCUUGAUCCUAACUAGUCUUCCAGUCCCUGCUGCUAAAAGGUAUCCCCACAGCAUGAUGCUGACACCGCCAUGCUUCACCGUAGGGAUGGUGCCAGGUUUCCUCCAGAUGUGACGCUUGGCAUUCAAGCCAAAGAGUUCAAUCUUGUUUUCAUCAGACCAGAGAAUCUUGUUUCUCAUGGUCUGAGGGUCUUUAGGUGCCUUUUGGCAAACUCUAAGUCAGCUGUUGUGCCUUUUGUGAAGGUAAGUGCUGCAGAGAUGGUUGUCCUUUUGGAAGAUUCUCCCAUCUCCACAGAGAAUCUCUGGAGCUCCUUCAGUGACCAUUGGGUUCUUGGCCACUUCCCUGACCAAGACCUUUCUUCCCCGAUUGCUCAGUUUGGCCAGCUCUAGGAAGAGUAUUUGAUGGUUCCAAACUUCUUCCUUUUAAGAAUGAUGGAGGCCACUGUGUUCUUGGGGACCUUCAAUGCUGCAGAAUCUUUUUGGUACCCUUCCCCAGGUCUGUGCUUCGGCACAAUCCUGUCUCGGAGCUCUGCGGAUAAUUCCUUCAUCCUCAUGGCUUGGUUUUAGCUCUGACCUGCACUGUCAACAGUGGGACCUUGUAUAGACAGGUGUGUCACUUUCCGAAUCAUGUCCAAUUAAUUAAAUUUACCACAGGUGGACUCCAAGUUGUAGAAACAUCUCAAGGAUGAUCAAUGCAAACAUGUACCUGAGCUCAACUUUGAGUCUCAUUGCAAAGGGUCUGUAUACUUAAGUAAAUAAGUUAUUCCUAUAUAUUUUUUAAAUAUAGAGAUUUGCAAAAAUUACUUGUUUUCGCAGAAAGUCAAUGGGUCUGAACUGUCUGAAUCGACUGUACAGUUAUUAUUUUUUUUUAAUCUGUUAAACUUGUAAUGUGAACUGUUUUAUACCAGAUGGAUUAUUAUAGGAAUUGACAAAAGUAGAUCAGAGUUUCUGAAAAAAUAUGUCAAUUUCCCUAAAGACUGAAUAGGACUAGGUUUAUAUUUUUACAGUGCUAUCAAGAUGAGUGCAGCGAGGAGAGAAUUUAAUGUUUACUCAGUUUACAUUCACAAUCAAUCUCAGUAAUAAACAGUUAAUAGACUGCGCAGAGUAUAUUUAAAUACUAUCUUCCCAUUAUAAAAAAAUAUUGCAGUAUAACCUGUAAGUUGCAACUGCCUGAAUGUUAGUGAGUCCUGAAGUCCUCUAGAUUUUACAUAUCGCAAUGUAAAUUGGCCUGAGCCACCGAUAAAAUGGAUUGGUCACAUGAGUUAAGACUAAGGUUCUCAGUUGGUGCAAUUUGAUGUUGAGGAUUGUUUCACAGGCCUUUUGAAAUGAUUACAUUUCAAAUGUGGUACACAUGGUCCUGCAUCAAAGCACCCAUAAAAUGACUGUCAAAAUGUAGCUUCUUAAUGUUCAAAGAACUGUGUUAGUUUUCACACCAGCAGAAUACAUUCUUAUGAUGCCCCCUUUACUGAUUAAUGAAACAUUUAUGUGGUAUUUGAGAACUUGCAAAAGCCAUGCUAUUUGCAUUAACUUUGUACAGAUGGACAGACACGUGUACCCAGACCUUUUGUCCCACUUUCGGAUGAUGUUGGAUUUUUUUAUUCACGUAAUACACUGUAAAUAAAAACUGAAUUUUGUCAAACAGA